CCUCCCCGCCCCGGUGCAGCCGGCUAGGGAGGCGCAGGAGGUGGGACCUGCGGGCGGGAAGACUCCGGACGCCGGAGCGCGAGGAGCGGGGACCCGGGAGAGCUCGCAGCCCAGAGGAGGAGCUGGAGGGGGAGCGGAGCGCGCGGCCCGAGAACCGGAGGCAGCGGGCCCGGCCGGAGGCGCAGAGGGGCGGCGGGGAGCAGCAGGGCCGGGAGAGUCCCGCUCGGAGCCGAGGCCGGGGGAUCUGGGUUCACGGCCCCGAGGCUCGGCAGCUGCCGUCGCCCAGGAGCAGCAGCUGUGCCCGGGGUCCCGGCCGCGGCGGCCGCGGGAGGAGGAGCUGCAGCUGGACGGUGGCAGCUGGAGGAGGGGCCGCGCCGCCCGGGCUGAGCCGCGCUGGGAUGUCCCGCUGACCGCGGCAGUCAUGCAGCUUUGACGGGGCGCUCGGGCGCGGAGACCAGCCGCGGGGCGCGCCCUCCCGGGAAGGGGCAACGGGCGCGGGCAGCAGGACUUUACCGCCGACUCCAGCCCCGCUGGGUGCCCAGUCAUCCACCAUGGAGCCCGUGACCAAGUGGAGCCCCAAACAAGUGGUGGACUGGACUAGAGAGUGCCCUCUUAACUGACACUUCCACUAAGUCUGAUGAAAGUAGCUAGUCACCAUGCAUUCAUUCAGCAGUGCUUAUUGAGUGCUGACCCCGUACCAGGAGCUGUUCCGAGAGAGCUGAGGAUACAGCAGUGAAUAGAAGAGACGGUGCGGUGAAGUGGACAGGGUCCCUGUCUUUGGCACCUUCCAUUGAGUGGAGAACACAGACAAGCCCACAGGGUUAGAUGAUUGCCUGCAGCAGUAUGUCUACAAGUUUGAACGGGAGAAGAUAAAUGGAGAGCAGCUGCUGCAGAUUUCCCAUCAGGAUCUUGAGGAGCUGGGUGUCACACGAAUUGGACACCAGGAACUUGUGUUGGAGGCUGUCGACCUUCUCUGUGCACUGGUUAGUUCAGGAAAAGAAUUAUGGCCUCGAAACUGACAAUAUGAAAAACUUGGUUCUGAAGCUGCGAGCAUCUUCCCACAAUUUACAGAAUUACAUAAGCAGCCGGAGAAAAAGUCCAGCCUAUGAUGGGAACACCUCCCACAAGCCCCCCAAUGAGUUCCUGACUUCUGUGGUGGAGCUCAUAGGUGCUGCCAAGGCCUUGUUAGCUUGGCUGGACCGGGCUCCAUUUACAGGGAUCACUGAUUUCUCAAUAACGAAGAACAAAAUCAUUCAGCUUUGCUUGGACCUGACCACUACAGUCCAGAAGGAUUGCCUUGUAGCAGAAAUGGAGGAUAAAGUUUUGGCUGUAGUCAAGGUUUUAAAUGGCAUCUGUGAUAAAACAAUCCGAUCUACCACGGAUCCUGUUAUGAGCCAGUGUGCAUGUCUGGAAGAAGUUCACUUACCAAACAUUAAACCUGGGGAAGGCUUGGGCAUGUACAUCAAAUCAACCUAUGAUGGAUUGCACGUGAUUACUGGAACCACAGAAAAUUCUCCUGCAGACAGAUCUCAGAAGAUUCACGCCGGUGAUGAAGUGAUUCAGGUCAAUCAGCAAACUGUGGUGGGAUGGCAGCUAAAAAAUCUGGUGAGAAAGUUGAGAGAGAAUCCUACAGGAGUUGUGUUACUGCUUAAGAAGCGGCCCACGAGUUCCUUCAACUUCACUCCCGCCCCCCUGAAAAACCUACGAUGGAAGCCGCCUCUGGUCCAGACCUCGCCUCCGCCCACAACCACUCAGUCCCCGGACAGCACGAUGGAUGCCUCCCUGAAGAAGGAGAAGCCAGCCAUCCUGGAUCUUUAUAUCCCUCCUCCACCGACCGUUCCCUACUCCCCCCGGGAAGAGAAUGGGAGUUCCGUUUACGGAUUCAGUAAAUGUAAACAGCCACAGCCUGGCCCUAAGGGUUCUGAGUCCCCCAAUUCCUUCCUGGACCAGGAAAGCCGGAGACGGAGAUUUACCAUCGCUGAUUCCGAUCAGUUGCCAGGGUAUUCCGUGGAAACCAAUGUUCUGCCCACAAAAAUGAGAGAGAAAACGCCAUCCUAUGGCAAGCCCCGGCCUUUGUCCAUGCCUGCGGAUGCGAGCUGGAUGGGGAUUGUGGACCCUUUUGCUAGACCUCGAAGUCAUGGGAGGAAAAAAACAAAACAAAUUGUUGGAAAACCUCUAGAAGGUGAGGACGGCCUUUGCCGGUAUUUCAGUAAUGAGCGGAUCUCUCCGAUCAUCGAAGAAAGGUCAUCACCCCCAUACCGUUUCUCAAGGCCCACGACCGAGAGGCAGCUGGUCCGGGGUGCAGACUAUAUCCGAGGCAGCAGGUGCUACAUCAGCUCAGAUCUCCACAGCAGCGCCACGAUUCCAUUCUCGGAGGAAGGGACCAAAAAGAAAGCCAGCUCCUCGGCAGCCAAGUCCUCUUCUCCAGAACCGUCCCUGCUGGUCAGCUGGUUUACUCGCCUGAAACUGUUGACUCACUGAGCCCUGCGUUCCCGGGACCCUCCCCGUCUCCUGCUACCAAGUGCCUUGCGUCCUCAAUCAGCAACUUGUUUUGAUUUUCAUCCACAGUAUUAUGCAGCGACCUUAUGCGAUUUCGUGGGUUUUCUUUUUUCUUCUUCUUUUUUUUUUUUUUUUUAAGUUGUAUACUGCACUUGGAAUUUUGAAAUCAUUGGAUGGGAACAGAUCCAGAGAAUCUUAGAUGCUGGCUUAUGGAGGCCAAAGGAGGGAAAUGGGGAGAGUCCACUUUUUCUUUUUGCUUCCUUGAGAGUCAGAACACGGAGACACACUCCCUAAACCACAGCCUUGGCCAGGAAUGUUAUCGUCGUUAUGAGUAUCUGGGCCAUUGUUCUUUUUAGGGGGGUGGGACUACAGUUGGUGGCCAGUGUCACACAGAUGUGUUGGUUUUUGGUCCAACCUCUUCACCUGAAAAAGCCAGUGGAGAAAACAGUUUUGUUUUGAUCUUUCAAGCUCCAUGCCACAUGUGUAAGUGUAGCAGCUUUGACUUUGAAAUAACACGUGGGAAGCAUCUGAUGCUCUUUCAGAGCAGAGGUUUGAGUGUAGGCCAGUUACACUUAGUUAAUGCCCUUUUCAUAACAGUCUCAGUGUAAGUCAGUUAAUACAGAAGCACGUGAAAAGGUUUAGAUAGGGCUUACUACACACAAAGACGUUUAUGGUUAUUUGUGAAGGGUGUUGUAUAUUAUUGUCUUUAAGGGAAAAGAAGCUAUAAGAUUUGCUGACAGCCAAAGUAUCAUUGAGAAAAAUGAAACAACCAUACUUAGGUUUAUGAGAGAGACAUCAGUUUGCAUUUUGACCUGUUCAAUGACUAUCUUCUAGAAAAGAAUGGACAGUUCUUCAAAACUGUACACAUUUUGCUAAUUAGAAAUCUCUUGGAAAAUCUCACGGUCACUCAUUUUCAACUAGCAUCAGGUAUUUUGGAAAAGUGUGUCUGGAUAUUAACUCUUGUUUAAACUGAAUGUAUGAUAUUUUGCUAGAAUGGAAAAGUACUAUCUUGUUAAUUUAAGUGUUUUAAAUAUAGUUGUAUAUUUUUCUUACUCUUAGUCACAUGUAAUUGAUAUAUUUCUGUUUUGUGUCCUACAUGAAGCUAACGAAAAAAGUGUUCAAAAUGUUUUCAGGUUUACCAGUGACCACCUUGGCUGUUGCCACUGCGGGCACUAUUGUUAAAAAAACAAAAUAAACCCUCCCAACCAUU